CAGCUGAUAUUGGGAAAUCACUCUCAGUCUAAACCUCAGAAGAAAUAGUGUUUUUGGCGCGAAAUCGGAAUCAACAAACAGCAGAUGGGUUCAGAAGAUGUUCCGUCGAAGCCUCUCCCAAAAUGGGCUUCAGAGCCAUGUCUUAUGGGGAUAGAUGAAGCUGGAAGAGGUCCUGUUCUAGGUCCCAUGGUUUAUGGAUGCUUAUAUUGUCCAAUCUCCUAUCAGAAUACUCUAUCCACCUUGAGUUUUGCAGAUUCAAAGACCCUAAAAGAGGAGAAGAGGGAAGAACUUUUCGAAAGCCUAAAGUUAGAUGAGUCUAUUGGAUGGCUUGCUGAUGUCAUAGAUCCAAGGGAACUCUCAGCUAAAAUGCUAAGAAAAAUCAAGGUUAACUUGAAUGAAAUAUCACACAAUUCUGCCAUGGGCCUUGUCACUGCGGUUCUUGACUUGGGUGUUUUUCUAACCGAGGUGUAUGUGGAUACUGUUGGAGAUCCAGAGAAAUACAGAAUAAAGUUAUCUGAAAGAUUUCCAGGUAUCAAGUUCGUGGUUGCAAAGAAAGCUGAUAGUCUUUAUCCGGUAGUUAGUGGAGCGAGCAUAGUCGCAAAGGUAACAAGGGACCGAGCCGUGCGUGAUUGGGUACUUGAUGAAACAGCAGAGAACAUUAAUAGAAAUUUCGGAUCUGGAUACCCUGGAGAUCCCGAAACUAAAACAUGGCUGAAAGAUCACCAACACCCAGUAUUUGGAUUCCCAGCCUUGGUCCGCUUCAGUUGGGGAACAUGCACGCCUUACUUCAAGGACAUGGUCGAAGUGUCAUGGGAAGCGGACAAAACCGAUGAAGAUGGUGAUACGAAUGGGAAGCGCCAACUUAAGUUAAGUAGUAUGGGUUUCACAGGAGCCAAAAGGAAGAUCGAGGAAAUUGAAUCAAGUGGUAAAGGCCGGUGCAUAUUCUUUCAGGCACGCAAACUUGAACUGUGCUCUAAGUUCUGAGAAUGUAGAUCACCUUUUUACUCUUAACAGAUCAGAUAUUUAGAAUUAAGAAUUUCGUGUUGUAAUUUGAACAAUACUAGUCAUGCCUCAGAAUACUUCCGGCCAUGUAAAAGGAUGCCAGGAAGAUCACGUAGAUCUUGUUUUUUAUUUCUGGAAAUCUAGCUUUCUUGUUGACGACUUGAUACAUUGUCUGUUUCAAAGUAGACAUGAGUCCAGUUGGGCUGUUGAGCCCAUUGCAUUGC